AUGGAGGAAGGUAAAAAAAUUACACCGCUCCAGGCGCAAUACAACAUGCAUAUUGCACACGAGCAGUUGGCGUACAGAUUCUUUACUGAGAUGCAAAAGGACAGAAAGGCGGAGACUGAAAAGAUAAAAAAGUGGAACGACGAAGAGCGAAUUUUACGAGCACAACAGAUGUAUGAUUUGGAGGAUGGAAGGUAUUACAUCCAGAAUGGAACUGUGAUGUACUUGAUGCCUGCCAAAGAUAUUGUAUCAAAGACUUCUGUGAAUUAA